GCUUUGAUUGUGGAUGUGAAUAUGAAUGUGUAUGUGCUCCUUGCUCUUAUAGUGGUGUUUGUGUUUGUGCAUGUGUGUGUGUGUGAGUUGUGCUUUUUGUCCUCACAGGCAGCAAGAAGGAUUCUCUGCCCACUCAGCGACCGCGGAUUAUAUCCACCGAUUUUUUUCCUAUUCCGGGGUUGGCCGGAUGGCUGGUUGGCUGUAUUUUGCUCCUGGAGUGGACACACAUCACUGUUUAGCUGCUGUCAUGCUUUUAUGAUAAAUCUGGAAUCGGACAUCGAGACGUUAACAUCAUCAUCGCCGCACACUCGCAUUCCCGUCGGAUCGUAUCGGUUGGCUUUGGUUCAAAUCAGUGCAAGUCAGGACCUCUUUUCCCGUCGUGGAAGUCACAAAACAAAAUAUGAACUAUGGUGCUUAAUUAAGUCUCGUGAAAAUUGUGUUUUUUAAUAAUAAAAUAUAUAUAAUACAAUAAUUUAUACUGCUGCAAAUCAAAAUUAACAAAUUUCAAAAUGAAUAAAGAAGAAAGUUUACCCGAAACGCGUCCUUCAUCACAAGAGUUGCAUAGUCCUCCGCGACAUUGUUACACCCCCCCGCCAGCCCCGAUGCAUGGACAGCCGCCUCCACCGACAGCAGCGGGAGUGGGUCCUCCUCCUCAGCAGCCGCCUCCCAUGCCUGCCGUUCCUACUGCGCCGGCGGGACGAUUGCUUGGAUGGAAUCAUAGUGCUGCUGCAGCGGCUGCAGCUGCGGCGACAGCAGCGGCGGCCAACGCCUCGAAUCACUCCUCCGGUGGAGAGCAAACUGCUCUUUCGAGGGUCAAGGGCCAGAAUCUGGGACUGAUCUGCGUCGUUUGCGGGGAUACUAGUUCCGGGAAGCACUAUGGGAUCCUGGCGUGCAACGGCUGCUCAGGAUUCUUUAAGCGCAGUGUGCGACGGAAACUCAUCUAUCGCUGCCAGGCGGGAACUGGACGCUGCAUUGUGGACAAGGCUCACAGGAACCAAUGCCAGGCCUGCAGGCUCAAGAAGUGCCUUCAAAUGGGAAUGAACAAGGAUGCGGUGCAAAAUGAGCGACAGCCCCGCAACACGGCCACUAUACGGCCGGAGACGCUGCGGGAGAUGGAGCACGGGCGGGCAUUGCGCGAGGCCGCUGUGGCCGUCGGAGUUUUUGGACCACCCGUGCUACUGUCGCCGCCCUGCUACGGAUCCGGACUCCUGCCCCCGCCAUCCCUGGGCAGUCUGCCGACUGGACGGCUUCUGCAUCACAACCACCUCACCUCCUCGAUGCAGUUGGCGGCGAAUCACAUGGGAGCCGGCAGUUUUCCCAUGUUCACCGCCGGAGGCGGAAGCGGCGGGGUGCACCACUCGCCGAAGGAAAAGCCCUACGGUCUGGAGUUGAGCAGCAGCGGCAACAUUUCCCACUCGACCAACUCCAGCAGCAAUCACUCCAUUGAUCCCAGUUCUCCGGCGCCAGAGGCCGCCAACGAGAAGAAGUGCGGGAGUGUCUCCUCCAUUAGCUCCUCCAGUCCCACAAUGGAAAACGACAAUGAUGACGACUCUAUAGAUGUUACCAAUGACGAGGAGCCACACAACGUCAACAGAUCCGACUCCAGUUUCAUCAUGCCGCAGUUUAUGUCGCCCAAUCUCUACACCCACCAGCACGAAACGGUCUACGAGACGAGUGCCAGGCUGCUCUUCAUGGCCGUCAAGUGGGCCAAGAACCUGCCCAGCUUUGCCCGACUAUCCUUUCGAGAUCAGGUGAUCUUGCUGGAGGAAUCGUGGUCGGAACUGUUCCUGCUCAAUGCCAUACAGUGGUGCAUUCCUUUGGAUCCCACAGGCUGUGCUCUGUUCUCGGUGGCGGAACAUUGCAACAAUCUUGAGAACAACGCCAAUGGCGACACUUGCAUAACCAAGGAAGAGCUGGCAGCGGAUGUUCGGUCCCUGCACGAGAUUUUCUGUAAAUAUAAGGCGGUCCUGGUCGAUCCGGCAGAAUUCGCCUGCCUCAAGGCCAUUGUCCUCUUCAGACCAGAGACCCGUGGUUUGAAAGAUCCCGCCCAGAUUGAGAAUCUUCAGGAUCAGGCCCAUGUCAUGUUGUCGCAGCACACAAAGACGCAGUUUACUGCCCAGAUAGCCAGGUUUGGACGACUCCUGCUCAUGCUGCCGCUGCUCCGGAUGAUCAGUUCCCACAAGAUCGAGGCCAUUUACUUCCAGCGCACCAUUGGAAAUACGCCCAUGGAGAAGGUGCUCUGUGACAUGUAUAAGAACUAG